UUCGAGCGUCAAGAACGUUGUUAGGGUCAAAUGACGUUUCUCUUGUAGUCUAGGCGCACUUCCUGUUAAGAAAAGGAGUAAGAGCCUCUGAGGCAGCAGGAGACGAGAUUCACUUUUCUCAUUUAACGACGUUUUGACGCAAGGGCAAGGAUACCACGAGAAUCCAGGGCGGCAGACGGCGUGCAGGGCCUCAGAAAGCUACUUAGUGGUUUGCUGGGAGUUCAGAUUCUGAGACCGAAAUUUCUAUUCAGUUCCGCUCUAAAGCCGGUGUUCAAGUGUGCCAUCAUGGACAAGAGCGCCGUAGCCAAAAUGGGAGCCGUGGCCAGCGCCAGCGUAUGCGCCCUGGUUGGAGGAGUAGUCCUGGCCCAAUAUAUUUUCACUGUAAAGAAGAAAACGGGCAGGAAAACGAAGAUUAUAGAGAUGCCUGCAUGCAAGCCCUGAAUCUCUGGAGUCUGCUUGUCACCUGUGCAGUUGCAGUAGGAAAGGAUCAAGAACCGAAGAAGCAAAGGUGCUUUAAGGUCAGCGCACAGAUGCCAGAAUUUCAGAAGAAAACUGUCCAUAUCAAAGACCCAGAAAGGGUAGAAGAAAUCAUCUGUGGUCUCAUCAAAGGAGGAGCUACCAAACUUCAAACAUCAUUGUUAUACAGGACACUGUACUUAGAAAUGCCUUUACUUUAAUAAUCCAAAGGGUAUGCCUCUGUAUGCAAGACUUUCUGUCUAAUUUAUUCUACUUUUUAAAUUAAUUUGGAAAGCAAAACAUCACUCCUUAUUUCUGUUUCCAAGGAUAACUGGGAUCCACAUAAGGUGAAAAAACAUUUUUGGAAAAUAAAAUAGUAAGUGGCUACAUCAAAUGCUUAAGUGGAAAGUGUGCCUACUUCCAAAAAAUAAGAUAAAGUAGGAGCCUAAUAGGGAUUAUAGGUAGCAACUUCACAAACUUGUCUUCUGGAAAAUGGUUCUUUAGUCCUUUAAUCAAGGAUUCCUAAAUUCAUUUGUACACCAAGAUUUACACAUCAUACUGGCACUGGCUAUUUCACUACACACUAAAUAAAUCCAGUCAAAUGUGAUAUGGCUUAAUAUAAUGCUUCUGCUUUUUAAAAUAACUCUUAAAGAACUAAUAUACUCAAAGACCUUCCUAGUUCAGCUGAGAUGGUGAUUGUAUAAUAAGCAUAUAAAUUUUAGUAAUCUGCAUGUUGUUCCAAGAACCAAGCUGGUGGUUAAGGUACUAUUCAAGAAACUAAAAGACUAUAAGUGAAAUAUUUUCACUGAAAAACCAGAAAGUCCAGUUGCCUCUUGGAAAAAGCACCUUUGGGACAACCAUGACCUGGAUGACAGAAUCUCCAUAGACAUUUAAAAGACUAUAAGUUUUAGUCCCACUUUGGCAUAAAGCCAACUGAGUCAUUCCCUCUCAGCCCUUGGAAGAAGGCAGUAUUGAAACCACUUCCAAAAUCCUUGCUAAUAUAACUGCAGGGACUUGUCCAUGUAAUUGCAAGAAAUCAACAAUAAUAAAGGCUCACACAGAUACUGUAUCUAUCAUCUGAUCUUAAAUCUUCAAAACAUUGAUAUUAAAAUGAUUAAAUAUUAAAUAGAAUAAUAU